AUGAGUGGAGGUGCCAGGACACAUCAUACCCAGGGUACGUCCGAAUGGGUUCCAACCCGUGAUGGACGUCGAUUAUACAGUAUGGUACUGCUGCCGCAGCAGCCCAAUUCUGCUCAGGAUACGAUAGCAGCGCCGGCGCCGCCGCCGACGACAGCAACGACAGUCAUCUUCGAAGCAGGGGCCGGUGCAUCUCGGUCCUCAUGGGCAAAAGUCCAGAAGGAGGUUGCAUGCUUCGCGCGCGCCAUUGUCUAUGACCGAUCCGGUCUGGGUCGUUCUGAACCCGACCGCAACGGACGCACCCUUGACAAAAUGGCGUGCGACCUCUGCGAUCUGCUGGAGCAUUUCGGCCCAGGGCCAUUCGUCCUCGUCGGCCACAGCGCCGGUGGUCCUAUUGUCCGUCUAGCUGCAUCGCGCAAGCCUGACGUCGUCGCUGGCCUCGUCCUCGUCGACCCGGCCGACGAAGCGGCCGACGCCCUCUUCAGCAGGAAGUUCCGGUGCAUGGAAUGGCUUGUUAUCCGCGUUGGAUGGGUUUUGGCCAAGCUGGGACUUCUCCGGCACCUUCAUGGAUCAUCAAUAAUUGACACUGCUCUAGCUGCUGAUGUUCGCGAUGAUCUCCUUCGCGAGGGAUUCACAACGAGGGUCAUGGCCACAAUGGCGCAACAAGCCCGGACUUUUCUUGUUGAACUCGAAACGUGGAAGACCAACCCUCCACAGACGGCCGAUAUCCCUACUACUGUCAUCUCUGGUGGGCUGGCCAACAAGGCCGAUGGUAUGCCCGAACAGGUCCGCGCUCAAGCAAUCGCUGCUCACGUACAUCGUGCGGCGCAGUGUUGCCAGGGGAGACACGUUGUUGCCGAUAGAUCCGGACACUUGGUGCCUAUGACCGAGCCGGAGCUUGUCGUCGCAGAAAUCAGACGAAUGGUGGUCAAAGGAAGCGACUGCAGUUAG